CAUGCCACUAGGGUUUGUUCGGCACGCUGCUCAUUGUCGGUUCCGGAUCUGCAACACUGCGCGUCCAUGUUCUCGAGAGCAGACGAUCAUCUGGUCCCCAAGUUGCCGGUUCGAGAUCCUGUGAUACACCCGCAAGGGAGAUGCACCGAAGCAACGAGGAUACCUCGCUACCAGGACCCUUCACCCUCUGUUAAGGCAUUCUCGUCUCGACGAUGUCGGUGCUUGACGCAUUCAAGAUCAAACCCUUCGACCUCGCACCCGUUUUCGUGUCCUGGAGCGAUGCCCCGCGUUUCCUCGGCAAUCCCAGGAAGGAUCCCCCCGUCAACGACUGGCUGGCCCAGAUCAAGGCGGGAUGCAUCGAACGCAAAGUCCCGAAGGACUAUUGGCACAAGGUCGGGCAGCACUACUUGGGAGAGAAGGCGCGCAAGCGCCUUGACGAAGUCAAGCUCGUCAUGAAGAACAUGCACGGCGGAAAGUAUAAGUGGAACUGGAAGUCCUUCAAGACUGCCAUGCGCAAUAUGGGAUGGGACAUCGAUACUGAGAAGAAGGAGGCUAUCGCUGUCAAGAGCAGGCCGUCGGGACUUUGGUGGAUCGUAGGCAAAGGGGAUGACUCGAAAGAGGCCGAGGCGGCGAGCCCUACCCCGCCCACGCCUCCACCGAAGCCCCAACCUAAGAAGUCCAAGUCGACGUCUGAGGUAGUAACUCGUAGUUCGCUUCCGACACCAAAGCGUUCCGCUACGAUGAGCUCCAUCGAGAGCGUAUCGUCCAUCGCGUCUUCCGUGUUUUCGUCCAAGAGCCCGUCGUCGAAGAACACUCCUGUCUCGACACCGCCAAUGACUCCGGAUGAUAUGACAGGUGAUGUACCUACGACUAUCACGCAUGCCCCAGUGUGGCUCGUGAACGCCUGUCAGGCGCUCGAGUCGCUCACAACCGAACAUCCUAAAGCAAUGAGCGCAUUGUCCGCCGUGCUCAUCACUGUUGGAUCUCUGCCCGCUCUGCCUGCCAUCUCGGCGGGCGUGGGCGGUGCCUUCUUGGCAAGCAGUACCGCUCAUGCACUUGGCUCCCUUGCCGUUGGGUUCGGCACGCUGCUGAAAGCACAGGCAGAUGGCCAAGUGCAGACGGGUGGUCCAAUGUUGCCCUCGGUACCACCCCGGACGUAGACGUCUGUGAGCAUGCUUGGAUG